CGCCGGGGCCGGCUCGGUGAGGGCGGGCCGGGCUCGGGCUCCGCUCCGGUUGCUCCUCCCGGCGCUGCGCCGGGGGCGGCGGGGAAGCGUGCGGCUCCCCUCAGGCUGUGCCUCCCCUCAGGCCGCGGCGGGAGCCCGCGCCCGCGGCAGGCCGUGCCGGUACCGUGAGGGGAAGAUGGCCUCUCGGAGGAUCACCCGCGACUCGUUCGAGGCCGUGGUGCAGGACAAGGUGAAGCGGUACCGGAGCGGUGCCGCGGGGGAUCCCGGCCAUCGUUUCGCAGCUCCCUCCCGGCUGCCCCGGCCCCGCUACCACGAGAGCUUCCAGCACGACGGGCGCUUCCCUGCGGCCAACAGCCAGCACCAGGACUGGAGCCAGGAGCCCGGCCAGGAUUACCCGGGGCAGGAUUACCCGGGGCAGGAUUACCCGGGGCAGGAUUACCCGGGGCAGGAUUAUCCGGGGCAGGAUUACCCCGGGGAGGAUUAUCCAGGGGAGAACUACCCCGGGCAGAGCUACCCCGGCCCUUCCUACCGCGCCGCCAGCCCCCUGCCCCGCAAGGAGAAUUAUUUCCACGGACACUUGUCCCGCGCUGCGCCCCGGGAGCGGGAGUUUGGCCCGGAUUACCGGAGAUUCGGCCCCAGCAGGGAGUUUGCUCCCCACGGCCGGGAGUACCGGGGUUACGGCGCCUCCCCGGGUUGCUGGGAGCCCGGCGGGCAGCACACAGCGGGGUUCAGCUCCCCGGAGCUGCUGGGGGAUUUCAGGUCCCCCGGGCUGCUGGAGGAGGAGGAGGAGGAGUUCGGCAGCGUGGAGGAUCAGGAGUACGAGGCCGAGGACGGCGAGUUCCGGGCGCGCAGGGGAGGCGCGGGCAGGCCCAGAGGGCUCAGGGGGAAGCGCCCCAGCAGGGCCGUGCUCAAGGCCAAGGUGUUCAAAGGAGACCCCAAGAGCCCCCUCAGGAAGUGGAGUGUGAGGAAGGCGCAGCCAGGCCUGGAUCCCCAGGCUCUGGAGCAGCCCCUGGAGGUGGGUGAGCAGAGGCCGGGGCCGCUCCAGCAGCACCCAAAGGUGCCCCCGCAGGCCGUGGCAGCCCAGAGAGCCGCCCUGAGGCUGCCAAAGCCCGCCCACGCCUUCAGGAGCCUCAGCCUGGAGCCAGUGGACAGAUCGGACAUCUUCUCCACCUUCGGCAUGGAGAUCAUCCGCUGGGCCGGCUUCCACGCCGUGCGCGGCGACGCCGAGUUCUCGCGGCUCUUCGGGGCCCUCUUCGAGCUGGAGACCGAGACCUGUGCCAAGAUGCUGGCCUCCUUCAAGUGCGCCCUGAGGCCCGAGCACAGGGAUUUCUGCUUCUUCACCAUCAAGAGCCUGCAGCACGCCGCCCUGAAAACGCCCAAGGUGGACAACGAGUUCCUCAACAUGCUGCUGGACAAGGGCGCCGUGAAAACCAAGAACUGCUUCUUUGAGGUCAUCAAGCCCUUCGACAAGUACAUCAUGAGGCUGCAGGACCGGCUCCUCAAGGGGGUCACCCCUCUGCUGAUGGCCUGCAACGCCUACGAGCUGAGCCUCAAAACCAGCGGCUUCGGCGACCCCCGGGAGAUGGCCGGCGCCUUCGAGACCACCGUGUCCCUGUGCAGGAAAUCGCUGGCCCUGCUGGGCCAGACCUUCGCCCUGGCCUCCGGCUUCCGGCAGGAGAAGAUCCUGGAGGCCGUGGGGCUGCACGAGGUGGCCCCGGCGCCCGCGGCCUUCCCCAACUUCGACGACUCCACGCUGUUCGGGCGCGAGUACAUCGAGCACCUGAGGGCCUGGCUGGACAAGAGCGGCUGCCCCGUGCAGAUGAGGAGGGCAGGGCCAGGAGCUGGGCAGCGGCUCGGGGCGGCCGAGGGCGAGGGCACAGCCCCGCAGCGAGCGGACAGGAAGGUUCUGGACACCAUCGAGCAGCUGGUGAGCAGCAUCGUGGCAGGAACUCGCUCUGCCAAGGACAGGAGCGCCCAGAAAAACUCUCCUGAGUACUGGUUCCUUUCAGACAAGGAGAGCCUGGAGUACAAGUACUACCGGCUGCGGCUGUCGGAGGCGCAGAGGAGCGGCCUGGCCGGGCGGGCAGCGGCCCCCGAGGCGCUGAGGGCCGUGCUCUAUGCCCGGAGGGUGGCUGCCAUCAAAAGGAGACUUUUCAAGAGGAAAAAAACCCCUGGGCUCCUCCCUGCCCGUGCCAGGAGGGCGAGGAGGGCGAGCCCUGGCACCCAGAGCCUGCUGCCGGCUGGCACAGGAGGGAAACAGCCUGAGAAAAACGUUCCAGCUGGCACAGGAGGGAAACACCCAAACCAAAAUCUGUCAGCUGGCACAGGAGGGAAACACACAGAUAAAAAUGUUCCAGCUGGCACAGGAGGGAAACAGCCAGAGAAAAAUCUGUCAGUGUGCAGAGGAGUGAAACAGCCAGACAGAAACCUCACAGCUGGCACAGGGCAGGAACAACCAGAUCAAAAUGUUCCAGCUGGCACAGGGCUGGAACAACCAGACAGAAAUCUGUCAGCUGGCACAGGGCUGGAACAGCCAAACCAAAAUCUCCCAGCUGGCAAAGGGCCAGACCAAAACCUCGCAGCUGGCACAGGAAUGGAACACCCUGAGCAAAAUCUGUCAGCUGGCACCGGGCUGGAGCAGCCACACCAAAACCUCGCAGCUGGCACAGGAAUGGAACAGCCAGAGCAGAGCCUCGCAGCUGGCACAGGGCUGGAGCACCCAAAUCAGAACCUGCCAGCUGGCACAGGGCUGGCACACCCAAAUGAAAACCUCGCAGCUGGCACAGGAAUGGAGCACCCAAAUCAGAACCUGCCAGCUGGCACAGGGCUGGCACACCCAAAUCAGAACCUCGCAGCUGGCACAGGGCUGGCACACCCGCACCAACCCGUUCCAGGUGCAGAGCCUGGCCCGGCCCAGCCUGGCCCCGGUGCCCGCUGUGCCCCACAAGGUGCCAGCAGCAGCAGCAGCAGCAGCAGCAGCAGGUGCCAGGUGCCCGCGGCAGCAGAGGGAAGAGCGGAUGCCCAGGGGUUGGCAGCAGAUCCCGAGGGAUCCCAGUUUGCUGAUGUGGAUGCCAGGACCAUGGCGAUGGCAGAGAGGCUGGCGCGGUUCGUGGCACAGGCGGGGCCGGAGAUGGAGCAGUUCAGCAUCGACAACAGCGCCGACAGCCCCGAGCUCUGGUUCCUGCAGGACCAAACCAGCCCCGCAUUCAAGUUCUACCGCAUGAAAGUGCUGGAGCUGUGUCCCUCCAUCACCUUCAGCCCCGAGGCUGCCCCGGCUGCAGGGACAGCCCUGGACCCCGAGGAGGACGAGGAGGAAGAGGAGGAGGAGGAAGAAGAAGAGGAGGAAGAAGAGGAAGAAGAAGAGGAAGAAGCAGAGUUUGAGCCCUCCCAGGCUGCUGAGGAGGAUGAGGAUGAUGAGGAGGCCGUGGCAGCAGGUAGAAGGGUGACAGAGGAAGAAGUGGUGUCCGUGGCAGGAGAGGAGGUGGCAGGAGGUGCCGCUCAGCCCCGCGGCCGCGCUGACGGCGCUGUCCCACCUCUGUCGACACAGGCACCCCCCGGCCCGGGCCCCGGCGCGCGCUUCCCCCGCAAACGCGUCAGCUCCAAGUCGCUCCGGGUGGGCCUGAUCCCGGCCCCAAAGCGGAUCUGCCUCGUCCAGGAGCCCAAAGUGCAUGAACCUGUCAGGAUUGCUUAUGACAGACCCCGGGGCUGCCCUGUCACAAAGAAAAAAAAGGCCCGGGCGCUGGAGGCGCCCCAGAAGAGGCUGAGCCCCAGGAACGUGGGGUUCCAGAUGCUGCAGAGGAUGGGCUGGCAGGAGGGGCACGGGCUGGGCACGCGCGGCCGCGGCAUCCGGGAGCCCCUGCACCUGGGCGCAACCUCAGCUGGGGAGGGUUUGGGAGUGGCAGGGGAGGAAAACCAAGAGGAUGCUUUUGACAUUUUCCGCCAGAGGAUGAUCCAGAUGUACAGACAGAAACGGGCAAACAAAUAGCUCCAGGCUCUCUUCCAUGAAGACCCCCGGGCCCCCUCCCCUCCCUCCCGCGCUGUCUCUGCUGCCUUUGCUCCGGUUUGCCUGGGAUCCACCCAAAAUUCACAUUUUCCACCCCAAAUUCUGGAUUUGCCAUCCCAAAAUUCACAUUUUCCACCCCAAAUUCUGGAUUUGCCAUCCCAAAAUUCGCAUUUUACACCCCAAAUUCUGGAUUUUCCAUCCCAAAAUUCGCAUUUUACACCCCAAAUUCUGGAUCUUCCCUGGAAUUCCACCCCAAAUUCCGGAUUUUCCGCCCCAAAUUCUGGAUUUUCCGCCCCAAAUCUCAGAUUUUCCCUGGAAUUCCAUCCCCAGACAGUGAAAAUGAGGAUUUUGCCCCAUUUUGGUGUCAGUAACCCUUUGGUAGAAACGUUCAACCCAAUAAAUGCGGGGCUGGACAAUUCCUGCUGCCUGGGACGCUGAAAUUUGGAUUUUUGUUGUGGUUUCAGCCCUUUGGAGGAGACAGGAUUUUUUAUUUUAAUUUAAUUAAUUUGUUUUUGCUGGAAUUCGGAAUUCCUCUGGGUGCAGAGCAGGAUUUUGGGGUCAAAAUCCAUUUUUGGGCUGGGAUUCCUCACCAAAAACUGGAAUUAUUUCCCAAAAAUCAACGUACAAGUUUUUGGGUUUUGCCUCUUGACCUCCCACUCUACUUCCAACUUUUAUUUUACCCAAAUAAAUCCUCAAAAAUCCAAAUAUUCUCUUUUUGGCUUCUCCCUGCCCUAAUUAAAACAAAAUUUGAAAUUAUUUUGAAUUUUGAAUCCUGCAUAUCUCAGAGCUGAGUGGCCAAGCACAACCCGAGGUGGAUUUGAGCAAUAAAACACCUGAAAAUCAGAAUAAAACAUGUGGAAAAAUCAGAAUAAAACUCCUGGAAAAUCAAAAUAAAACACCUGAAAAUCAGAAUAAAACACCUGAAAAAAUCAGAAUAAAACACCUGGAAAAAUCAGAAUAAAACACCUGAAAAAUCAGAAUGUGCUGAAACCACCACGGGGUUUUUCUGAAAUAAAAUCCAGUUUUGGGGUUUUUGUUCCGUUUGGGGCUGGAGUUGGAGUUCUCUGUGCCAAUAAAAUUCUGGUG